AUGUUCCGCUCCGCCAUUGUUCGUUCCUUGAAGGCUUCCGCCCCUCGUGUCAUCAAGACCCCGGCUCCCUUCCACAUCCGCAGCUCUCCCAUUGCUGCUCAGGUCCCUCAAUUCACUCCCUGCUUCGCUCAGGGUGUCCGCCUUUACUCCGCUCCUGCUGGUCUGAGCAAGAAUGAGGCCGAGGGCCGGAUAGUCAACCUGCUCAAGAACUUCGACAAGAUUAACGGCGCUUCCCACUUCUCGAAUGACCUUGGUCUGGACAGCCUGGACACCGUCGAGGUUGUGAUGGCUAUUGAGGAGGAGUUCAGCAUUGAGAUCCCUGACAAGGAGGCCGACCAGAUCCACAGCGGUACGUUAGGACUUGAGGACUUCGGUGAAGUUCAUGAAUCAGAGCUGACAGGAAUAUUUCGCAUAGUUGACAAGGCUGUUGAAUACAUCCUGGCCCAGCCCGAUGCCCACUAA